AUGGGUUUCUCACCGUAUGUCGAUGAAUGUAUUAAUGGCGGAAUGUGGCCGAUGGUGCCCUCCUGCAAUCGGAUACUUUCUUUCGGCAUUUUUGCACUAUUUUCCGUUUUUUAUGUUAUUUUGCUUUGCCUGCCGGGAAAUGCGACGUAUCGUCGAAUGGUCGACUACGAUGAUGGUCCCCAAAUGAUACCGAUGACGGUAAUCGCCUCCAUCGUGUGCUGUUUUCUUCUCAUCGGCCAACACGUGUUCCAUUUCAUCUUCUUCAUGUACAUGAAUCCAUAUAAUCAUCUACUUCUCGCCUAUUUUCUAGCAAAAAUGACGUUCUGGGUGCUCGUUUUGUGCAAUUUCGCCAAAUAUCGCCAUAAUCCGAGAAUUCCGAUAACGGUAUGGAUUGGAGUGAUGGCUGCAUGGACCAUCGACAUGAUACCGUUCACGGCAUGGAACAUCUAUUUUGGCGGAAAGUGCAAAAAUUUCAGAGGCGACAAAAUGGACCGAACGUUCUAUUUCAUCGAGCUCUCGUUGAUUCUCGCGAUUCUCGCCGCCAAACCGCUAUCGCGACUGCUGAGCGGCUCGCGCGGCGAUUCGGCGUUCAGCGAUUUCUCGCGAAAAAUCGCCACCGUCUUCCCGUACAUUUGGCCGCGCAAAUCGGUCGGCCUUCAAUUGCGUGUGCUCAUUUCGCUGGUCCUCUUAAUAAUCGGCCGCCUCAUCAAUUUGGUCCUACCAUUGUACAGCAAAUGGAUUGUCGACGGGCUCGCCGAGCCCGAAACAUUCGCCUACUCGAUGAUAUUCAUCGCGGGCGCCUUGAAAUUUCUGCAGGGCAACGGCGCGAUGGGCGGAUUCUUGAACUCGCUUCGCACCUACCUCUGGAUACCGAUUCAGCAGUACACGACGAGAGAGAUCGAAGUCGGACUCAUCGCCCAUUUGCAUUCAUUAUCGCUUCGAUGGCAUCUGUCGCGAAAAACCGGCCAAGUUUUGAGAAUAAUGGACCGCGGCACGAAUUCGGUCAAUAAUAUUUUGAACUAUAUUUUAUUCAAUGUUGCACCAACCAUCAUCGAUAUUCUCAUCGCCGUCGCAUUUUUCUUCACCAGCUUUAACAUCACGUUUGGUUGUUUGGUUUUGAUCACAAUGGCCGGCUAUAUGACUUCAACUAUUCUUAUAACCGAGUGGAGGACGAAAUUCAUUCGCGACGCGAAUGAGAAAGAUAAUAUAUCGUCGGGAAUCGCCACCGAUUCGCUUCUCAAUUAUGAAACGGUCAAAUAUUAUGGAAACGAGGAAUAUGAAGUGAAACGAUACGAGGAUUCGGUCAUCACUCAACAAUUGGCUGAAUGGAAAUCGCAGGCGUCGUUGGCGCUUCUGAAUCUCCUCCAAAAUGGAAUAAUUGGAGCCGGACUCGUGCUCGGCUCAUACUUGGUCGUUCGUUUCAUUAUUGUCGAUAAAACCAUGUCGGUUGGAGAUUAUGUGCUUUUCACCACUUAUAUCCUUCAACUCUACACACCGCUCAACUUUUUUGGGACCAUUUAUAGAGUUAUUCAAAAAGCCUUCAUCGACAUGGAGAAUCUGUUCGAGUUGAUGAAUCAACAUCCAGAAGUCGUUGAUCGUCACGACGCCAUCGAAUAUUCGGAGCCGAAGGGUCAAAUCGCCGUCAAAAACGUCUGUUUCGAGUAUCAAUCGGGCGCGCCGGUGCUUGAGAACGUCAGCUUUGAAAUUGGUCGCGGCGAGACCCUCGCGCUCGUCGGAGAAUCGGGAUCCGGCAAGAGCACACUCGUCCGGCUGCUGUUUCGUCUCUUCGAGACGAGCAGCGGCGAAAUCGAAUACGAUGGGAUCGAUGUGAGAGAUUUGAAGAUGAAAUCGCUUCGCGACAAAAUUGGAAUCGUGCCGCAGGAUACGGUGCUCUUCAACGACACAAUUCUCUAUAAUAUCCGAUUCGGUCGGCCUUCGGCGACGCUCGAGGAGGUUUAUGAUGCCGCUCGAGCGGCGAUGAUCCAUGACAAGAUCCUCAGUCUUCCGCAAGGUUAUGAUACUCAAGUCGGUGAGAGAGGAUUGCGAUUGUCUGGCGGCGAAAAGCAACGAGUGGCGAUUGCUCGCACAAUUCUCAAACAACCGGCGUUCAUCUUUCUGGAUGAGGCGACUUCGUCUUUGGACACGCCGACGGAGCUCGCCAUCCAAAAAUGCCUCGAGAAGCUAUGCGCUUCACGAACCGGCGUCGUCGUCGCCCAUCGCCUCUCGACGGUUGUCAAAGCGAACAAGAUCAUUGUGCUGGAUAAGGGACGAAUCGUCGAGUGCGGCAAUCAUAAGAGCCUCCUCGAGGAGAACGGCGUCUACGCGAAAAUGUGGAAAGCGCAGAUUGCCGAGAAGCGCGGGGUUUCGAUUGACGAGGUUACUGUAGAUUCGGCCGACGACUAG